ACAAGAGCCUCCAGCUACUGAGCUGCUCGCCUGUGGAACCAGCUCCCAGGGAGGCAGACAACAUCUCUACAUUUAAAUUUACAUUACAUGUCAUUUGGCAUUUUGAUUUUUUUCCUCUUCAGUUAUAUCAUAUAGAUAGUACUAAAAUUACCAGCAGGGUAAAUAAAUGUGAGCAAAUAAAUAAAACAACUAUCAGCAUAUAGCAGGCUCCUGUUCACUUGUGCUAUCAAACAUUUUGUCUACUACUAUUAAAGUCUUACUAUUCCAUCCGUUUAAUUAGACCUCACAUUAUCAAAUAAUUCUUGGCCCCAGGAUUAAUAGCGCACGGUGUUUUCAUCGCAGUUACCUUCCUUCGUGAAUUAGAACCCUUUGAAGAACUCAGUUUCCUAACCUGAUUUUCCACCAGAGGAACCAGGCUCUAACAUACGUUCACACAACAAACUUUAGUGCUCAAUUCAUAUUUUUUGUCUUGAUACAAUUUUUUUAUGUAGCUGUUCACAUUGUCUUAUAAAAUGUGGCUAGUAUCAGACUCCAAUGUGAACUGGUCAUGGCCCUGAUGUGACCUGCAUUAAUGAGGUCUAAACCUCACUGUCCCUCCACUAACUACCUCUGUUGCAUCUUUCAUCCAUGUUUGUUUUCGCCGGGUGACUCCUGCCUGCCGCUUCGUCUGCGCAAAAAUAUGAGGAAUGUCGAUCUAGAGUGACGUAAAAGUCGCAAUGAAAUUCAAUACGUGUCACAUGACUGUUCAGACUGAGGUUGCAUUUCAAAAAAUCUGAUCUGUAACUGAUUAACUGCCACAUAUGGGGGGGGGGAAAUCAGAUAUGUAGUCUAAAUUUAGUAGCAUGGAGAUAGUUUUGGGGAAAAUGUGACAUACAUUAUCCCAGGCAUUCUACAUAGUAAGGUUGAUACCUGAAAAAAUAUUGAGAGUAGACAUUUGUCAAUGCUGCUCCCUAUAUCUCAAACAGAUUUUUUCUUUUAUAUAAUUCUUUCAACAUUGAUACACCUCUCCAUUUAUGUAAGACACUGUCUUUCCUCAUGAAUUUUGUAAAUAUUGUUAUUUAUUAUUGCUCUCUCACACAAAAUAACUAUUGCACGUCUGUCCAUUGAGCGGGAUCCUUCAAACUCUCUCUGAGGUUUGCACCUUGUUAUUCUCCUGUUGAAAGGGUUUUCCUUAUUAUUGCUGAGGGGUAAGAACAGAGAAUGUCACACCUUGCUAAGGCCUACGAGGCAAAUUAUGAUUUGUGAAUUUGGGCUGUACAAAUAAGAUUUGAUUGACGAUUGAUUGAUAGUCUGUCAGUGGCAUCCUGCAUUGCAGGGUACAUGGCAACAGGUCAUGACCAGGACAACAAACAUGUUUUUUUUAUUUUGCUACAUGUGUAAAAAUACUUAAGUGGUAAAAUUGUCCAAAUCUGCUGUGACUUGCUAUGACAUUUUCAUUUUAUGAACAACUGACAGUUUACAUAUUGUACAUGUCCACCUUAUGUUGUUAGUAUCUCUUUAAUGAUCCUACACUAGAAUUUAAACUUAUAUUCAGUAGACCUGAACAAUGCUUGGCUGCACAAAAUGACCCACCUGUGGACACAGAAGGUUUAAUAAUGCUGUGUGGAUUCAUGAUGGUAAAGGAAACAUAUAUGCUAUGUUGCCCUCUGGUGGCUGAAAAACAAAUCAAUUAAAGUCAGAUUCUUGUAGUGGAGCCAUCAACCAACAAAGGUCUCAGAUAAAAUCCUCCGAUAAAUCCUAACUACACAGAUGAAGAGAAGAGUUGGGGAAACAUCUGCAUAUGAGUGGGUCAGAGAGCAAAGGGAGAUAAAUAUAAAGAAAUUAAAAUUUGAUCGAAGAACAUUGGAAUUGGCUAUAGACAAAAAAGCAAACCAUAAAAAUAACAGUGGAAAAUGAUACUUCAGGAGGAACACAUUCAAAUAUAUAAAAAGACACAAGAUAAAACAUAUCAUACGUAUACACAUAUCAUACAAAUGUCAUACACAUUGCAACAUACAUGCAGACAUAAAAAGUAGGGAGUAUAAAGUGCUUAGAUCGCAUAUGAUUAUUGCAAAGUCCACAAAAGUUAUUGCCCAGUUCCCAUAGUUAAGAAGGUUAGGGGUGUAGUAAGCAGUUUUCAUUUCCAUAAGCUCAAAAGGCAAAAGUGUGUGAAAGAAAAGCCCUGCUACAGAGGGUGAUGUAAUGUAAUAGGCUUGUGUGGCAUGUGGGCGCCUGUAGAUUGUAGAUGUUAAGUAAUGCAGAAGCAGAGACGGAUAGUGAAAAUGUUGUUAUUGGCUAUAGGCUGACCAUGGCCAGCAAAGAAAAUAUAUGUUCGAAUGAACAAUGAAGUUUUCCAGCUCCAUUUAAAAAAUAUUGUCCAGCUACAUUUCCUCAAGAAUCAAGAAUGUGUUUACAAUCUACACAUUCUCUGCAGACUCUCUUCAGAGUACUUUACGUUUCAGCAGUUUUACAAGGAGGGCAGGUGUUCUAAUGUAAAUGUAGCAAUAUUAGUCAUAAUCUGAAUAUUGGCUGUUUUAAAAGGAAAACACUCGUCAAGUAAAAUGUAUAUUGAAUGUACAUUGAUGGUUCAGAAGGCACAUAAAGACAGGGCACAUGGGACAAAUCAGUGAUAAAGUUGAAUAUCUCAGGACAGGUCAUACAGGAUUAAAUGAUACACUUCAUAAUAUAGGCAAGCACCCACCUGGACUAUGUGAAUACUGCAAACAACCGGAAACGUAUGUUCUGAUAGAAUGUAACAAAUAUAAUGAACAAAGAAGGGAAUUAAUAUCAGGAUUAAAAGAUGAAAAGCAAAAUAUUACAUCAGAAAAUGUAUUAGUAAUGACAUUAAGGAAUAUACAUCAUAUUCUAAUGAACUAUACUUAAGAGAAACAGGACAAAAGACAAUCAUUUAAUUUUAGUUUUGUUUAGUUUUGUUUGCUCCCAAUCUACUGCUCCACAUUCCAGUCCAGAAGGUGGCGGUAAUGCACCUAUAAGCUGGUUUGCCAACCGCCCAUAAACACCAGAAGAAGAAGAAGAAGAAGAAGCAGCAGCAGAAGAAGAAGAAGCAGAAGCAUAAGAAGCAGCAGAAAAAGAAGCAGAAAAGAAGCAGAAGAAGAAGCAGAAGCAGAAGAAGCAGAAGCAGAAGCAGAAGAAGCAGCAGAAGAAGAAGCAGCAGCAGCAGCAGCAGUCAUCAGUGACUCAGACCUCAGCUGUUCGUACUGUUCUCGCCCUGCUUCAGCUGAGGACCUGUCAUGUCCACACUCCAUAGUCUGAAGGCUUUCAUCAGCCAGCGGCUCACUGCGGCGGUGGAGGAGGUCAUUGGCCGAUUAGAGACAGUGAUAAGCGAGUAUGAAGAGGAUAUGAAGAGCCGCCAGCUCAGGCUGAUGCACACUGCCCAGCGACAAACCGCAGGUGUGCAGCAACAUUUGGUGAUUAAAGAAGAGGUUCUGUCUGAGCAGCAAGAGUGGAUCUCCAGCCUGGACAAGCAAGACCCAAAGUGGGCACACGUUAAAGAGGAACAACAGGAUCUCUGGACCAGUCUGCAGGUCAGGAGUCAACUGCAAGGACUGCACGAGGAAAAUAUCAUCAAGUUCCCCUUCACCCAUGUCCAUUUGAGGAAUGAAGAUGAAGAGGAAUCUCAGUCCUCUGCGUUUCAUCACAGACAAACUGAGGAUAAUCAAGAGGCUGAACCGACAUUGAGCAACUCAGCCCAUCAUGUGAAAACAAAACCUGAUGUAGAGGGCGGUCGAGGACCAGAAGCUGACAGGAUCUUAGAGUCUGGUUUAAAAUGCCUCUCUGGAUUUGGCGAUAAGACUAUACACUCUUCUGAAUCUCAGACUGAUGACAGUGAUGAUGACUGGAAGGAGAUUAGGAAACCUCAAAUAGAUGUGAAUACUGUGAAAACUAACGUUCCAGUCCAUGAUAUGGGACACAAUAUCGACAAUAAAUUGUUUAGCUGCUCAAAAUGUGAGAAAAGAUUUGGACAGAAGCACCAUCUGCAGACACAUAUGAGGUGUCAUACCGGAGAGAAACCCUUUACUUGUUCUAUCUGUGGGAAAAGAUUUUCUCAGAAGGGGAAUCUGAAACAGCACCUGACAGUCCACACACGUGAGAAACCAUGUAGCUGUACUGUUUGUGGUGAAAGAUUUUCACAGAAAGGAAAUCUAACACAACACAUGACGGUCCACUUAAGGGAAAAACUUUGUUGGUGAUUGACAUAAAUUAAUAACUUCUAUGGCCAAUAGUCACAAAUCACAAUUUACCUCAUAGGCCUUAACAAUGUGUGGCCCUUAACCCUCAACAAGCGGGAAAAAAACGACCAAAAGAAAAAUACCGCAGAAAGACAUGUGAGAGAUCACUGUCCCAGGACCAAAAGAAGUGCGAUAGAUGUCACGUGUAACAGAGCAAAUCAACUAAAUAAAAUAUGAGAAAAGACAGUGUCUAACUUUAAAAAGUGAGGUGUAUCAAUGUUACACCUCACAUCAAAGAGGGAGAGGAAGAAAGAGAAGCUCAAUGUGUCAUGUGUCCAUAACAAUCUCAGCCUUCAGCGACAUGAGUUGGUCUAAAGCAGACCUGAGCCGGUCUCUAACCAUAAGCUCUAUCAAAAAGAAAGGUUUUAAGCCAACUCUUAAACGUAGAGACGAACUGAAACGGGGAGAUGAUUCCACAGGAAAGGAGCUAGACACCUAAAGUCAUGGCUCCUACUCUACUUUUAGAGACUUUAGGGACGACAAGUAAACCUGAAUUCUGGGAGCGCACUCAGCGCAGUGAUCUACAGUAGUGAGGUGAUACUGUGCUUUGAGCUUUUUAAGUUAUGAUGGGGCUAUAUUAUUAAGAGCUUUAUGAUGAGGAGGAGAAAUUUAAUUCUAUUCUAAAUUUAACAGGAAGCCAGUGUCGUGAAGCCUAUACAGGCGACAUGUGAUUUCUUUUUGGGGUUCUUGUCAGGACACGUGCUGCAGCAUUUUGGACAAGCUGUCUUUAACAACUUACUGGUGUAGCCUGAUAAUAGGAAAUUACAAGAGUCAAGUCUGGAGGUAAUGAACACAUUAGCUCUCUCAGCUUUCUUCCUUCCACAGAGCUGCUGCCUGCUGGAUGUUUUUGAUGUGGGCUCCAUUCUGAGUAAAGCUUUAGAGUCACUGAAAUUACAUUGUUUUUCUCACAUUCCGAAUAUUAUCUGAGGCACAUGUCCUGUAGCAGGUGUGUUUAUACACACAUUUAUACACUGUUGCCACAUGAUAAUAAAAGCCCUAUGAGGAGCA